CCAAAUAUUGAAGAAAUAAUUCUUAGUUAUUUUGUAAAGUUGCUGCAAGUUUACUCCUCGGGCUUCCUAAGCAAUCUUAGUUGUUUAUGUUUAAAUGGUUGUGUCGAGCUUAGGAGUGUAAGUCUUCCUAGUAACAUUCUAUCAACAUCUUCUGGAUUAGUUGUUCUCUAUGGUUGUCGCAACCUUGAAAUGCUUUUAAUAAGUUGUAGAACUGAUGUGGUUCAAUCAUACAGUUGUUCGCAUUUUGAUGGAUUCUGGGACUGGGAAGCAAUAGGUAACUUUAAAGAUAAAGAUAAAGUAGCAAUACUGUCGCGUGGUAUGGAGCCGUCAAAAAAUGCAGGGGGUUACGAGAUUGGAGAAUAUUACACUUUUGAGUUUAACCCUACUGCUGAUGCUGACAGAUACGAAAAAGAAGAACCAUCAGACAAUAUAUGCUUACUAAACAUGAAAGUGAUGAUAAAGACCACGCCCUCGUUGUAUAGAAGUAUCAACGAGCUUUGCUGGUUAGAUAUCUCUAAUUGUGAAUCACUUACAUGCCUACCAGCUGAACUUUUCAAUUUGAAUUCUCUGAGAAGACUUUAUCUCGGUGGUUGUUUAAAGUUGGAGGAGUUACCUGAAAUCGAGGAGACUAUGGAAAAUCUAACAGUGCUCAUCUUAGACAAAACAGCAAUAAAAGAAUUACCUUCAUCCUUGCACCAUUUGGUCAGGCUUGAAGAGUUGAGCUUGCAAAUGUGCACAAGACUUGAGACGAUUCCAUCUUCCAUUGGAAGUCUCAGCAAACUCUUCAAGUUAGACCUUACCUACUGUGAAUCACUUGAAACCUUUCCAAGCAGCAUUUUCAACUUGAAGCUUACAAAACUUGAUUUACAUGGUUGCACAAUGCUUAGUACCUUCCCAGAGAUCUUGGAGCCUUCAGAAAGUUUUGCUCACGUUAACUUAACUAAAACAGCAAUUAAAGACCUGCCUUCAUCAUUGGAGUUUUUGGUUGGGCUUCAAACCUUGCGCCUCAGAUUGUGUAGUAAUCUGGUGUCACUUCCUAACGGCAUUGUUAAUCUAAACCGUCUAUCCCUGCUUGAUUUCUCUGACUGUUGCAGAUUAACAGGUAUCCCAAAUAACAUUGGUCACUUGUCAUCCUUGACAGAACUUUCACCACAAGAAAGCAGUAUUGUGAACCUUCCUGAGAGUAUGACUCAUCUCUCAAGUUUGAAAUCACUUGAUUUAAGUGACUGCAAAAGGCUUGAAUGAUUUCCAAAGCUUCCACCAAAUCUAAACCAGGUUUCGGCAUUUGAUUGCCCAUCCAUUAAGAGAGUGGUGCCAAAUUCAAGGUUAAAACUCCUGUCUGAUUCCAAAGAAUGUACCUUUAAAUUUUAUUUCACCAAUAGUCAACAACACGAUGAAUACUUUUGGGGUGGUAUUGGAGACGAAGCAUGGAUUAGGAUCAAUGAAUAUAAGUCAGUGUUCUUCUGUUUUUCAGGGAGUGCAGUUCCUGGUUGGUUCCCUUACCGUUGCCAGGGAAAUUUUGUAAUCAUGAAUGAAGAUUCUCUGUAUCCGCGUGGUAAAAACAGUCUCGUUGGAUUCGCUUUGUGUGUUGUUUUGGGACGUGUGGAUUACACAAGAACAAGAGGUAGUAAAUUUACAUACAGACUAUCAUUUGAAUCUGAAGGCCAAAGACACUUUCUUCCCAACCAUGAUCUAAAAAGCUAUUUCCACUGGAAGGGUCGAGAUAGGUUUUCUGUUCAAGAUCACACAUUCCUAUGGAAAUAUCAAUUGGACUUUGAAAGAAUUGGCAGCAAGCUAUUUCAUGCCCAACACUUCGCUUUUGAGAUCCAUCAAGACUAUCAUCAUCACUUACGUUUUCAAAAUCAUUAUCUCUCAGGUUUUCAAUCAACCGUCAAGGUGAAAGAGUGUGGAAUAUGUCCUCUGUAUACCAAAUAAAAUGAUGAUAAUGGUAUGAGAUUCUUAAAUAAUAGCGUUGAAGAACCGAGUGGGAGCAAAGCUGCAUCAUUAUUAUAUUUUGUAUACAAACAAAAGAUGAUGAUACAUCGCUUUUAUUUUAUUUGACCUUUUCUUUUCGGGAUAUACCUUCUUAAUGAGAUAUUUUUUCUCUUUUCAAUUGCA